AUGGCCGAGACUUCUCUACUAGAUAAAUUACCUGGAGAAAUCCGCAACAAGAUAUGGAAACUGCUCUGCACCCCGCUCCCAUGCCGGCCAAACCGAGAGAGGGCCGGGCCGACAACAGGCAUCCUCAACUGCAACAAACACCUCUGCCAAGAAUUUUCCUCAUUCCUCUUCCACCAAAACUCAAACGGCGAAAUCCCGGAUCUCACCAUCGUCAUCACAACUACGUGCCGAAAAGGUGCCCGGCUAUUGUUAGCAAUCGAGCCGAAGUGCGCAAUGUCCGAAACAUGUUUUCACUUCGACGAGCGCAUCGACAAAGCGGGAUGCUUCGACGUCAACGACAUGGAGAACCCUGUGUUUGACGUCCUCCGCGAAGCAAAACAGAUCAACAUGGUCCACGUCCGCUUCGACGGCCCCUGGUUUGUCAACGAGGCACCGUUGUAUUCGCUACCGGGGACGCGCAGAGCUCGAUUCGGAGAGGACCCGAUAUACGAUGCCGAGGCCUUUUGGCGGAAGUGGGAUGUUCCGUUUCUUUGUCACUUGGCCAAGGCCAGGGACGUUGCUCGGCUGCUCGGGUCUUUCAGAGCAUCGGGAAGAUGA